CAACUAUGACGGUAGAUGUCAAGCCAAGCCGUAGUCAAGCCGAAAGCCAAACUCGAGCAAAUCUGCGGUAACCGGUAAACGCACGUGCUUAGUUGUUUACCGAUGGUCGUGCGCGCAGAUAUCCGUAAAUUUCACCGCGACGUUACGUUGCUACGUCGCAUUUUCACGCGCACCAAAGUUUUACGAUGCGUGUGCGUGCGCCAAAUGAAAUCAGACGCAAAGAGGAGUUUCCCACGCCGAGCAUUCUCAGGCAUUCAACCCACCGGAGUGCCUCACUUAGGGAAUUUAUUUGGGGCCAUCCGACAGUGGACGAGGCUCCAGGAUUCAGGCAUGGAGUGCAUCUUUAGCAUUGUGGACCUCCAUUCCAUAACAUUGCCUCAUUACAGUACUGAAGAGCUCAGGUCCAAUAUCGAAGUGAUGACAGCGAGCCUACUGGCCUGUGGAGUAGACCCAGAAAAGUGCAUCCUGUUCCUACAGUCUCAAGUUCCUGAACAUGGACAGUUAGCAUGGAUACUAUGUUGUCUUCAAACUAUGGCCCAACUUCAACAUUUUCCGCAGCUUAAAGAAAAGACAUCAGGGAUGAAAGAAACGCCCCUCGGACUUUACCUUUACCCGGUCCUACAGAGUGCCGACGUCUUACUCUACAAGGGAACAGACGUUCCGGUCGGAGAAGACCAACUUCCGCAUGUCUACCUCAUGCAAGACUUGGCGGAAACAUUCAACAAACGUUUUGGAACGGUUUUCCCACCCCCGAAGCCUCUGCUAGUUGAAGGACCUGCCGUGCGUCUACGUAACCUGCGUGAUCCCACUAAGAAGAUGAGCAAGUCCCACCCCGACCCAAAAGGACGGAUCGACCUCGAUGACUCUCCGGACCAGAUCCGCAGCAAGAUCCGGAAGGCACUCACGGACUUCACAUCCAAAGUGACGUACGAACCCGAAGAGCGACCCGCUGUGGCCAAUUUAGUUGCACUUCACAGCCUGCUUACGGACAAGACCCCCGAAGAAAUAUGCAGCUCUGUCCAGCACCUCGAUACGGGGAAAUACAAGACAGAGGUCGCUGAGGCUGCCGUAGAGGUUUUGGUACCAAUACAGCGACGUCUGCAGGAACACCUCAAAGACAGGGCACAUCUGUGGAAGUUACUGGACAGAGGAUCUCUCAGGGCGAGAGAGAUCGCCAUACGGACUUUGGAGGAAGUGCGCCGGGCUUCAGGGAUGGCGCCCACGUAACUUUGUGCGUUUUGUAGAUACGUCGUAGGUGGACUUUCUCUAACCGUUGAGGAUAGCCAAGAAUUUUUGUUAGCAAAAUUAAACUGCGCAGUUGUCUAGGUUUGCAAAUUAC